CCUUUCCAUCUACCAUGGGCGCCUGUUUUCUGGAGAAGUUCUUAUUCGACUUCAGGGAGCAAAGGUUUCAAAGAUGUGCCAAUCUCUGCCUAUGGAACCCAAGAUGCCAUUUGUUCUGCAUGAUAGGCAAUGAAUGCAACCUAUUCAAGACCUGGGUGACCGCCGAAUACAGUGGCAUGGGGCAGGAUUACGGAUUCGACUCGUGUCACACUUCGUGGUUCUAUGAAAACAACCUGGCACCUAAAACAGUGCAUACAAUUCCGUCGGCUUUCCCUCCAGAAAACCAAGCACCUCAGUCCGUCAAUGGAUAUUUCUGCUAUUCAACGGAUUCCUGUGGCAUCACAAAUUUCAUGAGCAAUCCUUGGUGGUUGAUCGAUCUUCAGGGGCAGUAUCUCGUCACCACCCUCGUCUUGAAACUGAGAGGGGACGAGAAAGACUUCGAGAACGUCAUUAUACGCUUUGGAAAUUCGUCUACGAUGUCCCUGAACCCAAUAUUUAACGUGCACCCCGGAAAAACACCAUCUGACGACACUGACCUCAUUAUAAAGGCUUUAAACGCGACCGUAGGAAGGUACCUCUCUUUCCAGAGAUUUCUCUCACCUGCAGCCAUCACUAUUUGUGAAAUUCAGAUCAUUGGGACUUAAAAAUGCAAGAAAACCUUUGAGUUUUUAUGUCUGAGGUGAAGAUCAUUGAAGCACAGCAUAUUCAGUUAAAAAUUCUGUAUUUAUUACCUGUAUUCAAUAAGGUACAAAUCAGAGGCUGAACAUGAAAUGAAACAGUCUAUAUUAAGUAACAAGAGAAUCGGUUCCCUUAAUUAAGGCAAUAUGCAAAAUGCUUCGUUGGUGCACCUUUUCAGUUUAAUUCUAUUGUAUUUUCGGGUUUUAUUAAUAUAACACAUGGAUGAAGAUAAUGAAAGCCCCUUCAAUUUAUAAGUAAGCUGUCAAUUAAAUCCCGUUUAAACUUUUUUUUAGUAAUAUGUCACUGAAAACAAUGUUGAUGAGAAGUUAUUGGCUUGUUCUGUUGAAAUUAUUUUUUUGCAAAUAAGGAUGUGCCACGAGAAAUAUAUAUGAACGAAAGGUAAAUCCAGAGGUAACAUUUCUCUUACAAUUAAUUUCCUUCACACUUUAAAUAUCUCGUAAAAAAUUAAGGCUUCUCACAUCAGAAACAGACUGCGUGUGUGUGUGCGUGUGUGUGUGUGAGCAUUAGAUUUAGGUAUUCUAAGCACUAGGAUUCCACGAAGCCAAGAAACAUUUGUUUCUUUGUUUGUCCGUUGUCCACAAGUUUUACUGGAUCCAGUUAAUCCUCGUGAUCUUAUACCUAAGUACCAAGCCGGCUGUUUUAGUGGUUAUCGUGACUGUUUCACGUCCAAGUUACCGAAUUUCAGAGAGAUCUGUCAAAUAAGUUAGUUUCCUGCCAAAUUUUAUUCCCCUUCAGGGUGAAGUUUUCCUGAUAAACUCAUUAAAUAACUAAAAUUCAUCUUGUUGCUCUUAGUUCGCACAUUUCUAGGGAAAUCUGCUGGCAUUCUGCAUGGUUUAGUGGCUCCCUGUGAAGUUUGCUAAUUCCCUCUCAACUUUCUGACUUUUCACUAAAUUUUCUGCAAGCUUCUUAAACUCCCAACAGCUUGACUGGUAUCCCAUCAAAUCUGCCGGCUUACCACCACAGUUGUUGGCCGAUAACCAAAUCAGUUUUUGCACAAAUAAUUCAUCUGAUCCAAAGAGAGGUCUUACGUACUCUGAGGGAAAGGAUCCUUUUGGCAUAAUGAUGGGCGCAGAGGGUUGUAAAUAUAGAAGAGUCGCUACUGAUAUCUGUAUUAUUCAUCUAGCAUAUAUAUUACUCUCUAACUUCAUACAGUUUGUACACAAGCACAAAA